CUUGCGUUCCACUCUUUGCUUGAAAGCAUCGAAUACGGCAAGCCAUUACAAGUGCUUAAGUGUUAGUUCUAUGGUAGUCAUUUUGGGGCAGUGAUUAUCGCUACACUUCUUCGAUUCGUUGCCUCUUCAGAAGCACAGUUAAGGCGUUGCUAACCUUGACUCAACUAGACUCAAAAACGAGUCUCUGUCGAUGCACGCGGGUCAACUCAUUUCCCUCCGACUCGUGGUUUCGAACCUGUCGUUCACGCGGGUCCUUCCGACUCGUGGUGGCGAACCUAGGUCUUGGAUCAGGUUUCAGUGUAGGGCUCAGACACACUUGAUUUGGUUCAAUUGACCUCACGCUCAUUAAUCAUGUCGCAUGAGUUAAACUUGGACGCAUUUUGCAGUAAUCCUUCUGUGGCGGAGCUACAAACUGCCAAAGUGACAAAGGAUGAUUUAAAGUACAUAGCCCGACAGUUUGAUCUCUCAUAUCCGUCUGACAUUCGGAAGGAAGAACUCCGAACUCAAAUCCUAGUUCACCUUGGAGGUGAAGCCACUAGUGCUGCUUCACAGCACGACGCCAGUUUAAUGCUCGAACUCGAAAAGCUGAAACUAAUGGCAGCAAGAGAAGAGAGAGAGGCAGCAAGAGAAAGAGAAAGAGAGAGAGAAGAGAGAGAGGCAGCAAGAGAAAGAGAGAGAGAAGAGAGAGAGGCAGCAAGAGAGAGAGAAGAGAGAGAGGCAGCAAGAGAAAGAGAGAGAGAAGAGAGAGAACUAAGGCGAGAAGAACUAGCUUUUCAAAAAGAAAAAGCGGAAAGAGAUCUGGCAUAUGUAAAAGAAAAGGAGGAAAAAGAAAGAGAGGAGAGAGAAAAAGAAAGAGAGGAGAGAGAAAAAGAAAAUCCACGAGACCCAACUCACACAAUUAAAAUCUCGAUCAACCACCACAGCUGACCUCAAACAAAAGUUAACUAAAUAUCUCUCACUACUCCCUCAGUUCUCUGACAAAGACCCCGAAACUUUCUUUGGACAGUUCGAGGACACAGCAGUACAUUUUGAACUGCCCCGAGAAGACUGGCCUUGGCUUCUUAAACCCAAACUCAGCCAAAAGGCUUUAACUAUUUUGAACGGCCUCGAAAACAACACGGAUUACGACUGUCAAACAGGGCAUCCUAGCGGCGUACUCCAUUACCACAGAAGGAUACCGUCAGUCUUUUCGAAAAAUGUUCAAAACUCCGCAACAAACCUAUCUAGAGUUUGCCUCAGAGAAACUGAGGGCUCUCAAGCGUUGGCUUAAGUCAGCCGCGAUAACCACGUACGACGAAUUAGUAAAUCUCUUAGCCUUAGAAGAGUUCAUGCGUAAGCUCCCUUACUCAGUAAUGUUACACAUCACCAACAAAGAAGAAACAGAUCUUCUCAAAGCCGCUCAGUUAGCGGACCUUUUCUCCCUGGUGAAUCGCAAGGCAACCUCAGACAAGCUGACCGAGACUCCUAGUGGUAAGAUAAACUCAGGUAACUCAGGGGUUGGUAAAAUGACCGGCAGUAGUACUGGACCACCUCUAUUUUGUGCUUUUUGUAAACAGCCGGGGCACCUCAUAAAGAACUGUCCUAAUCCCAAGUGUAAGGUAGCUCAAACAUAUCCUGCCAAGCCAGUUGCUUCCAUACAAGCUCUUCCCUCCUUCCCUGUACCUAAAGACUUAUUUGAGCCUUUCAGGUCUGUAGGCACCAUCAGCAUUGAUAACAAGGAUCACCCAGUUAAGAUUGUCAGAGACACCUGUUCAGCUCAGUCCCUAGUGCUGAAGUCAGCAGUCCCUGGUAUUGAACAGUGUUACACAGGUGAAAAGGUAUAUUUAAAAGACUUCCAUGACCCCUUCCCCAUUGCAUUAGCUAAAGUACAUCUUGAUAGCCCACUAGUAAGAGGUGAAGUGAUAAUAGGAGUUAGUGAAGAACCAGCCUUACCCAUCCCUAAUGCUCAACUACUCCUCGCUAAUGACCUAGCUGGCAGUAAGGUGACUCCCCCUUUGGUAAUUAGUGACACAAUGCUGAUGGAUAACCCCACUGUACAGUUAGAAGAGCAACAACCAGGCUUAUUCCCUGUUUGUGUCACUACUCGUGCACAAGCAAGGAAAUCUGAUCAGUCUUUCUCACUUCCAAAGAAGAGUCCAUCCCCACUUGAACUCAAUCAAAUAUUUUCUGAAAAACUUCUCACUGAGGCUCAACAGGAAGACACUACUUUGACUCAAUUUCAUGACAAGGUUAUCCCUCCAGAUCAAAUUACUCAUUACCCUGCCUUUUACAAACAGGAUGGAGUUCUCAUGAGAGUGUUCCGGCCCUCUAAGGUCCCAGAUGAUGCUGCUUGGGCAGAAGCCCAACCAACCCCUAGAGUAGCUUCCUGUGGUAUCAUUGAACCCCAGGAGGCUGACUCAGAGUUAAAACCUGCCUCUGUGUGUUCAUUGAUGUAUGAUAAAUGUAUUACCACUGAGAUUGACACCAACGCCAUACAUCCCAAGGACACGCAAAACACCUACAUUAUCCAACACUUAGAUGAUCAGCUCCGUCAUCUUUCAUCCUCUCGAGCACUGGAUAUCUCAAGAUUGAUCUCUCAAUAUGACGUGUUCGGUGACCAUCCUAAAAUCUGUAAUGUCCUCCGCCAUGAUGUGAAGGUGCUUCCAGGGACCUUCCCUAUCAAGCAGUCUCCCUACAGAGUCAACCCCCGGAAACGAGAACAGAUGCAGAAGGAGGUCCAGUACUUAUUAGAGCAGGGCUUGGCUAUACCCAGCAGCUCCCCAUGGGCAUCACCCUGCCUCCUAGUACCCAAGGAGGACGGACAACUGCGAUUCUGCACGGAUUACCGACGGGUCAACGCCGUCACCAUUCCUGACGCCUAUCCUCUGCCUCGGGUAGACGACCUGAUAGAUGAAAUCCAGAAUGUGCUCAGCCGUCUGCAGGAAGCGAACCUCACCGUGAAGCUGGCGAAGUCUACGUUCGGAGCUGCCACCGUCUCCUACCUAGGACAUCAGAUUGGACAAGGCUCCGUCCGGCCCAAGACCGCUAACGUCGACGCAGUACUGAAGUACCCAACUCCCACUACUCGACGCGAGCUCCGCCGUUUCCUGGGUAUGGCGGGGUUCUACCGGCGUUUCUGUCCAAACUUCGCAGACGCAGCUGGGCCACUUACUAGACUAACUAGUGGGAAUGUGGCGUACGAAUGGACCCCUGCCUGCCAACAUGCCUUCAAUCAACUUAAGAACUUGCUUGCUCGGGAACCGGUUUUGCGUGCGGCCGACUUCAGUAAACCCUUCAUCAUACAUACUGACGCCAGUGAUCACGCUUCGGGUGCCGCCCUCCUGCAAGAACCUGACGGAAUCUUUCACCCAGUCGCCUACCACUCAGAGAAGUUCAACAUCCAUCAGAAGAAUUACAGCACUAUCGAGAAAGAACUUUUAGCCAUUAUCUCUGCCAUCAAGAAGUUUGAGUACUAUCUUCAGUCCAACACCCAGCCACUCCAAAUCUACACUGACCACAACCCUUUGACUUUUCUCAACAGGAACCGCUUCACUAACCAACGUCUGCUACGGUGGUCUCUACAGCUCCAGCCUUACCACAUUGAAAUGCAUCAUAUUAAGGGACUGGACAACUGCCUUGCUGACACUUUGUCUCGCCUUCCCACUACGCCUCGCAUCACUACCCGUCGCGACCCUGAGGACCCUAGGAUCCUGUUGCCGGGGAUGCAGUCGUGCCUUGUGAACCGGUCGAUGGAGGCAGCCGAGGGCCGAGCACUGCCAGAAGAACCAUCUACCGGGCCCCAGACUACACACGUUCUGGUGGAAUCAACCUUCACGGGACAGGAACCACCUCACUUCUCUAAUGACGCAGAGUCAUUCCUUCUGCGUCAUCCUAAGAAGGGGGGAAUGUCACACACGUGACUACUCUACCACGGAACCAGGUGCCUGCCUCUCAACUCGUGGCGCUGCCACGUGUAUAGCUUGAGGCAUACUGGAUACGUGACCUCUAGCAGGCUACCAAGCCGAUAACGAGGGGUGGAGUUCCAUCGAGCUUCAGUCUCCUCCAAGGGUCGCUACAGCUCUGAGGUCGCCUUGGCAUACGCUGGGAGCCUCAUAUACACUCGAGAGCGGUGGUAAGAGUUACACCAGUGUUACACACCCACACACACACACACACAUAAACACAUUUAUAUUCAUUUUCUAUUAUGUAUAUGUAAAGGUGUUUAUUUUUGUAAUUUGUAUCUAUAUGCAUUUACUAACUUGGCUUAAGUUAUUAACUGAACCAGUCUUUUAAGUUAUUCAGUCCAGUUCAGAUUGCCACUCCUUGUUACUUACUUUUACUUACAAAUAAUCUUCAAUUUUGUAUUGUUACUUAAUUUAAGGGUUAACUUUAAGAUAUUAAAUAGCAGUUAAAAUGUCUCCUUUUCUCUUUUCUUUUAACCCUUCCAUUGUUAGUGUGAGCAACACCCCUUCAUGGUCCAUCCCCUAGAGUUCAGUGUAUGCUCACACGUAACACAUUACUUAUGUGGGAGACCGGUGUUUGUCAGUUGGCUGUUAAAUCCAUUGCAGCAGUUCAGAUUGACCUUAUGAUGUGACUGAAAACUAUGACCAAAGUACGUAUUAUUGUUCCCUCCACACAGUACUUGAGCGCAGAAUGAAAUGUUU